AUGCCAAUACAUAAAGCAAUACGGCUUGUGGCAAACUUUGUACACCCAACUCAUCUUUCAUGUCCUAUUCAGGGACCUAUCUCUAUUAGAGGGGUGGUUAGCAAAGUAGUCUAUAAGAUCCCUUCCAUCCGUUGCCUCCAACCAAGGCAGGACAGGGCCCAAGGCCAGGGAAGCGCUUCCAACGAGCCACGCUUGCAAGGGCAAGCUAUGGGACCCGCACAACCAGCCUAG